CGUCGAUUCAAAGCGAGUCUGUUAAAAGUGUAGCAAAAAAACAGCAACAAAAAGAUUGUCCCAUAGCCCACAGCCAGUUGAGGGUGUGUGAAUAACACUUUUCCAUGGAGCUUCAAUGUUAAAAGUUUACUUCGGAGCAAAAAUAAAUACAGUGAAGAGAGCGGAAAAUACAGGCCAAUAUCUUUGUGUCAUCGCUGCUGGUCGUCUAUGCCGAGUGAAUAUCUAUUUGCAACCCGUGCGAUAGAUCUCUCUAUCCGCUAGAAUAACGCGCAAUAGAAGUGAAAUCACCUCGUGAAGUUACACAACUGCGGUACUGUCGUAGUGUCCGGAAAAAAAAUUAAAACUAUAAUAUUACUUUCAAAUCAGUUAUCAGUGACCAAUUUUGCAACGGAAUAGGUGCCUCAUUUUUGAAUGACCUUCGAUAGAACCAAUUGGUGACCAACGUUAAAGUGAAACAAAAGCAAAAAUGCCAACCUUACUAGAAGCACUGGAAAACAAGUACGGGUUUGGGGAUCAUCGAGAAAAAAUAGACGAAACGCUUGUUUCGAUAUUUGUACCGAAGUUGCCACCAAGGCUAAGCGUCCCGGAAUUGCUGAUUCUAAAUGACUGCAACAUUGACAAGGCGGGCAAGCCGGAAGAUUUGCGCCAGAAAUGUUGCACCGUCAAGGAGUUGGAUCUGGCCCAGAAUAAACUGGAAGACUGGGAUGAGGUUUUCGGAAUAUUGUCACACAUGCCGCGAGUUGAGUUUGUCAACUUGAGUCUCAACCGGUUGGGUGGUCCAAUCGAAAUUCCUCAACCGUGGAAGAUGGAUCGACUGCGCAGCUUGGUUCUCAACAAUACCAAACUCGAAUGGUACGGAGUUGAAACGUUGUUGCAGUUACUGCCCGUGCUUGAGGAGCUGCACCUCAGUCUCAACGAUUAUACGCACGUGCUCCUGGAUACCACAGAAGAAGAUGCCAACGGGUGUCAAACUGCCGAGGAACCUGCCUCAGGAGAAAGCGAAUCCUGCCAAUGUUCAAGCUUUUCAACUCAGUCUAGUCAAGACAAGAAACAUGCCGUUUGUAAGAAAACUGAAGCCCACCAUGGUAUUAAAAAACUUCAUCUGACUGGAAAUCACAUCAGCGAGUGGAGUGAAAUAUGCCGCGUUGGACGCUUGUUUCCCAACUUAGAAGCGCUGGUGCUGGCGGAUUGUCCCCUACGAUCACUCACUUCUGCCCAAAAUGAAACAAACGAGUCAAAUUCGGCUGCCACUCCAAACAGUCAUGAACACUUCAAGACCUUAACGUUGCUCAAUUUGAGCAAUGCUAAAAUCAACAACUGGGACGACAUUGAUCGGCUAGCUAAAUUUCCAGCGUUGAAGAACCUGAGAGUACAGUGCUGGCCAUUGUGGGACAAGUGUGACUCAACGGAGCACGAGCGGCGGCAGCUACUGAUUGCUCGUUUACCGAAAAUCAACAUCCUAAACGGAGGAGACGUAAUAGGACCUGUCGAGCGUGAAGACGCCGAGCGAUCUUUUAUUCGUUACUAUCUCGAUAAACCCGAAAGUGAUCGCCCGGAAAGAUACUUUGAACUGGUAGCUGUUCAUGGAAAGUUAGAUCCACUGGUCAACAUUGACUUGCGACCGGAGAGACGAGUUAAAAUUACUUUCACGUACGGUGAAACAAGUGAAGAGCGGACUGUGGAUGUCUACAGAACUGUAGUCGACUUGAAGUCUCGACUGGAGCGAAUUGUAGGUAUUCCGGCUGCCAAGAUGCGUCUGUUCUACGUCGAUCAAGAUUUGCGUGACCUCCAAGGACUUGAGGAAAUGAGAUAUCCCCACAAAAGAUUGUACAGCUACAACAUCCGGUCUGGAGAUGAAAUCAUCGUCGAUCAGAAACAUUAGAGCUUCCGUUGAGAAUCAAGUGUGAAGAGUAAUGAACCCCCCGAACAAGAUCGUACUGUACUUCCGUGGCUGUUGAAGGAAUUGCAAUCAUCAAAACGUAACGUUAAUCUGCAGCUAAUUGCGAUUUCCUAACAAUUUACAAUGCGCUUUGAAUAGAUAUAACAUAUUGAAUAAUCAACAACAUAA